AUGCUUUCUUCAAAGGCUUUUCUAAGCUGUAUCGCUCUUGAACGAGCCAUCAGCGUUGGAAUUAUAGAAAACGAAGCCAUCGUGGAAGGCUUUAACGAAGACCUCACGCACAAGACGGGUCGACGCUCGGGUGUCUACGCGAGUAUCACCGGAAAUGAAACCAUCGUAGAAGGAUUCACCGAAGAUCUCAUACGCAAGCAGGGGCAGCAUGUGAGUCUGAUUGGGAAUGAAGCGAUUGUUGAGGGAUUUAAUGAAGACUUGAUUCGAAAAGAAUGA